CCCCCAGUACGCAGUAUACAACCCAUAGGCUACGGCUGCAGGCUGAGCGACGAGAGGAAGUGGCGGGAUCGCUGCGCAGCCGCCUUUCAUUGCGUCAGUAACCAUGGCGGACAACACUCGGCUACACGACCUCAUUGUCGAUGGAAAGCCUAUUUCUUCUUUGAGAGUAAUUGAUUUGAAGUCCCAAUUGGAGAAGAGAGGACUAUCCAAGUCAGGGAGUAAGAAAGACUUGCAAGAAAGAUUGAUCUCGCACCUCCAGUUGGAAGAGUCAAGAGAGAGCAGUUCACAGGAUGAAGAUCAUGUUCCUAAUCUUGAGCUGCAAAAUGCUGCAAUAGCAGAAGACAAUGACUUCAUCCGAGAAUACCUUGCCAGUCAGCAAGCUAUUUAUCAGGUACAAAGGGAGGCCAAGAAGAAAGUAGAAGAGGAGAUUCGGAGGGAGUCAGAGACAGGUAGUGAAGCUAGUCAGGAGGAGACAGAUUCCAGUGAAAUAGGAUCACCACCUGCAGGACGGUCUCCAAAAGGACAUCGAGGAGGCUCUCGACGUCACCUUAGAAGGGAUUCAAGUGGACCACAGGCAAGAAUGGAUGUUUCUUCAUCUUCCAGGAAGGAGCAAGAAGGAUCACACCGGAAGACAAGGCUUUCUUCAAUGGAUGGAUCAGGGGGUCGCGGGGAUGUGGAGAUUGCUGUUCCUCCCAAGGACAUAUCAUCAAUGGAAAAAAAUGAAGAGUUAGUUGAAUCAGUAGUGAAGGAUGAUCUUCAAAUGACUUCAGGAACUGAAAGCAGUUCACAGAAGGAUUCAGUUCCUGCUCCAUCUCAAGACAAGGACAUGGAAAAUGUUCAAAUGUCAACCAUGAAAGCAAGAAAGGAUGAUAAAAUGCUGCCUGAGACAAAGCAAGAUAGUAACAAGAAAGGAGAGAUUUCUGCUGAACUUGAAAGUGAAUAUCCUCUGGGGGCUGGUGCUGAGACUCAACCUAUUGAAGGAAAAUCUACUGUAGCAGAGAAUGAAGGGAGAUUAGAAAAGAGAGAUUCAGAGGAGAACAAGAAAAUAGAACCAAGCAAGGAGAUACAGGAAUCCCCAGAUAAUAAGAAGCAUAGAAGAGAAAGAGAAAAGAAAGAUUCAGGUUCUCUUCACUCAAAAGAAACUAAUUUAGAUGCAGCAAAAAAUGCAGAAGGCAAGAAAAUAGAUGAGGGCACUCCUUCACAAGAACCCUCUAGGGAGGAUGAUGUGAAAGAGAAACACAAACACAGAAGAGAAGAAAAAAAGGAAAAGCACAAGCAUCAUCAUCAUCAUCAUCAUCAUCGAGAAGAACAGAGAGAUCACAAGGAUGAGAAGGAAAAAAGAGACAAGGAAGACAAAUUGCAUUCCAAGGAGACAAAGAUUGACAAGGAUCAUGAUCAAGAAAGACAUCACAAAGAUGACAAGGACAAAGAGGAAAGAGAGGAAGUGGUACCUGGUGAUCACAAUAAACAAGAGGAAAAAGAAAAACAAGACAAAGUGGAAAAAGAAAAAGAAAAACUAGACAAAAUUGAGAAAGAAAAAGAAAAACUAGACAAAAUUGAGAAAGAAAAAGAAAAAUUAGACAAAAUGGAGAAAGAAAAAGAAAAACUAGACAAAAUUGAGAAAGAAAAAGAAAAACAAGACAAAAUGGAGAAAGAAAAAGAAAAAUUAGACAAAAUUGAGAAAGAAAAAGAAAAACAAGACAAAAUGGAGAAAGAAAAAGAAAAACAAGACAAAAUGGAGAAAGAAAAAGAAAAACUAGACAAAAUUGAGAAAGAAAAAGAAAAACUAGACAAAAUGGAGAAAGAAAAAGAUGAGGAUAAGCACGAGAAGGAAAAGGAUGAGGAGACAAGGAACAUGAAGAUGGAAAUUGCAAUAAAAGCUGAAUUUUGUAGUCCAGUGCAGGAAAAUUUCAAAGACAACAAGGAAGCAGAGGAGAAACAUAGAGAGGAUAUUGGAGGGAACAUCCAGGGUAAAGAUGAAUCACUUAUUGAUGAGAAGAAUAAUGGCAGGAGAAUUCGACUGAAGAGGAGACCUCAUGCUGGAUCUGAAGAUGUCCCUUCACCCAAAGUGCCCAAGGAAGAACUGGAAGUCAGAGGUGAUGCCCAUUCCCCCAGAGAGAGCCAGAAGGAACAAGAAGAGAGAGUAGCAAGUGAAUGCAAUCACACAGAAUUGCUACCAAAGGAAGACAAAUGCCUGCCUACUAGUCUUGAGAAAUCUAGCAAGGAGAAAAGUAGUAAGAAGAAGACUUCAAAAUCAAGCAAAGAUGAAAAGAGUAGAAAACUCAACAUCCUGGAAGCAGAUGAGGCAGCUGAUGUAGUUCAGAUUGAUGUGGAAGAUAUAAGAGAUGCUAUAGAUAUGGAUCUUGAUGAACACCUCAAUCCUGAUGAACCAUCUCGUACAGAAAGUGGGGAAGAGAAGGAAACCACACCUCCAGUGUCUGAAGGAACAAGCAGAGUCCCUCAGAAAGUGUUUCCAAGGAGGGUUCUCAAGCUGAAGCGAAAGUCAGAGCAGGAAGGCGGCCUGGAAAAUGAUAGGCCUGCUCCAAGUGAGAAGACCACACUGGAAUCAGGUCAUGAUGAAAAGGAUAGCAGGCAAUCAUCUCGAAAGCGUAGGUGGAAAGUCAAUUCUGCUGCCCCUGAAGUCCCUGGAAAGUCUGUGGAGAUUACCACAGAUUCUUUGAAGACGCUGAUUGACACAACUGAAGUUGAGGGAAAGGAUGAAGAGACAAUGUCAGAAGGAGAGGUAAAUGAAUCAGAAGAAGAAUUGACUGCCCCUGCAAGUGAGAAAGAGAAGACCAGAUCUCCAUCACCUCCUCCUGUUAAAGAAGCUCCCCAGCCCAUGAAGCCUAAGGAACCUGCUAGAAAAGUUACACUGAAGAAGCUUCCACCUAAUGAAGCAACUGUGCCAUCAAACAGGGGCAAAAAGGAUCGAGGUGAUCUCACACCACCUCAUUAUCCACCUAGCCAGGUCAUAGUGAUCACCAAUCUCGUUCGUCCAUUCACUAUUGCACAAUUGAAAGAAUUGCUUGGACGAACAGGAACUCUAUUAGAAGGAAAAUUCUGGAUUGAUCGGAUCAAGUCCAAAUGUUAUGCAAUGUAUCAGUCCAAGGAAGAGGCCAUUGAGACAAGGCGAGCUCUCCAUGGAGUUAAAUGGCCUGUUUCCAAUCCCAAAGAAUUGUUUGUAGAUUUUGCCACUGUGGAUGAAUUGGAUGCUCACUUGAAUGACAGUGAGGUUGGUGUAGGACGAAUUCCUAGCACAGAUGGGCGAGAACAAGUCCGGAGCAAGGAGCAUGAUGAGGGGCGGGAGAAGCACCGUGAGCAUCCUGACCACGAGAGAGAUGAGAAAGACCGGGAUCGCCGUGGAAGGGAACGAGGCAAGGAGAAGGAUGGAGAAGACAAGAACCACAGGAGGUCAAAGGCAAGUACGGAUCCAAACAUUCGAGAAUGGGAUCGUGCUAAGAUUGGUGAGCGAUCCCCUGGUGAAAGAGAGCGUGAGAGAGAGGCUCGUCGUAGAGAACGGGAACGAGAACUUGAAAAGAAAACCCGCGAUCUUGAAAGAAGUCGGGACCAAGUCAGAGCAGAAAAAGAGCCAAAGGAAGCUCCUGCAAAGCUCUUGGAUGACCUCUUUUGCAAGACCAAGACCACUCCUUGCAUCUACUGGCUGCCGCUCACCGCCCAGCAGAUUGACGAGAAGGAAGGGCUGAGACGACGGCGAAUGGCUGAAAGAGAACGGCGCCUGGCUGAAAUGGAAAAGGCUGACAAAGGUCCCCGACGAAAAUGGCGAGAUUAA